AUGUCGUGGCAAACUUACGUAGAUGAGCACUUGAUGUGCGAUAUUGAUGGCACAGGGCAGCACCUCUUCGCCGCUGCCAUCGUUGGCCACGAUGGUUCCAUCUGGGCUCAGAGCUCUUCCUUCCCUCAGUUUAAGCCUGAUGAGGUCAAUGGUAUCAUGAAAGAUUUUGAUGAACCUGGUUAUCUUGCUCCUACUGGCCUGCAUCUUGGGGGCACCAAAUAUAUGGUAAUCCAGGGAGAACCAGGAGCUGUCAUUCGUGGGAAGAAGGGAUCUGGAGGUAUCACUAUAAAGAAAACUGGGCAAGCUCUAGUUUUUGGCAUCUAUGAAGAACCUGUUACCCCUGGGCAGUGCAACAUGGUUGUUGAGAGGUUGGGAGAUUACCUCGUUGAUCAGGGUCUGUAG